UUCAUGCAAUGCGACUGCACCAUGCGCUUCUAGCGCCAUAGGACAACGGACAACCCAUUCAAAACUUCCAGGGUUGGCACGCUCCCCACCACUGCGGGAACUGCUGUACGCGCGUAGAAAUGAGGGAGUAAACAAUCUCCAUACGGGGACAAUUUAUACUCUCCUACCCUGCUUGCUCCAGAAACUUCCUUGGUUGAUUGAGCGAGGGCUUAUUAGUCGCACGUAUGAAUCAAGCAGCAACUGUGUGUGCGUAUGGAUUUGACCACGCGAUGGCACUAAUUUCUACGCCUUAAAAAUCACACUAUUUAAAUCGUGUUCACAGGCCAAGAUCAGUAAUAAAUUGAGAACAGCCUUGAGGGGAAAAGGCUGAGGCCAACAUCACUUCCAUCAUGCUAGCCCAAAUGCUCUCUGUAACCUCGGUUGCCUCGACAUUUUCUGUCCUAUUCCUCAUUGGCUUUGUUGUUCGUAUUCUACAAUAUCGAGUCUUUCACCCGCUACGUUCAGUACCUGGUCCUUGGCUCAACAGCCUGUCAGAACUGCCUGCUGCAAUAGCUCUGGUAAGGGGAGAUCAGCACCUUUACUACAGGUCUCUGCAUGAAAAGUAUGGCUUGGUCGUGCGAGUUUCUCCCAACGAGCUGAGUUUCAUUACCACGGAGGCUCGGGAAGAGAUCUAUGGGUUUCGCAAAGGCGGCCUUCUCAUGGAGAAGAGCCCUAUAUUUCUCGGGGCAGUAGGAAACGUCAAUGGGGAGACUGGCGUGAGCCUAGCACUGAAUAAAGAACAUACCCGGCAGCGCAAGGCUUUGGGAUAUCUGUUCUCUAACAGCGCACUGGCCAAACUCGAAGACAUUCUUAAAAUCCAUGUUCAGAAACUUGUAUCUGUGCUCGAGAAGGCGGCAUCUGAGAAGCAGGCAGUGAAUGUCUCCGACUGGUAUACAUACCUGGCAUUUGACAUGAUGGGUGACCUUUGCUUUGCAGAGCCUUUUGGAUGCUUGGAUCAGGCUUCAGCUACCGAGUGGUCAACCUCUGUCAUCAACGUUUUCGUAGCGGCUACGUGGACGCAGGGCAUCCGCCGAAUAUCUGGGGUUGGCACGUGGCUUGAGCGUCUCAUGACAUGGCUUCUGGUCCCUGCGAAGGCUGCUUCAUGGCGAUCGAUCCAUUUGAACAAUUCCUGCGAGAAAACAGCUAGUCGCCUGCAAGACACUAACAGAGAACAUACAGAUUUCAUGUACCACAUUCUGAACAACGAGUCCAAAAGCCUAUUAUCCAGAACUGAAAUUCAGCUGAACAUGGCCUUAUUUAUUAGUGCUGGAACUGACACAACUGCUACGGCUUUAGUCGGGUGGACAUACUACAUUUGCACUCACCCCGAUGUAUACAAGCGACUUACAGCGGAAAUCAGAAACGCUUUUACGGCCAACGAUGAGAUCAAAUGGGACAAUGUUAGAAAAUUGACGUACCUCGAGGCUACGUUAAACGAGGCUCUGCGUCUUUUCCCACCAUCACCUGCAAGUCAGCAGCGUGUAGUCCCUUCAGGUGGCGCUACCAUUGCUGGAUAUUAUGUUCCUGCAGGAACCACAGUGGCCGUACCUCCAUGGGUAUCAACACACUCUCCUGUUAACUUCCGUGAUCCUGAUACCUUCAAACCAGAGAGGUGGCCAGGGGAGGACGCGGAGUUCCUAGAUGACCACCUGAAUGCAUCGCUACCAUUCGGAACAGGACCUAGGGUAUGCAUUGGGAAGAACCUAGCGUAUCUUGAGAUGAGACUCAUUGCAGCCACAAUAUUGUGGAACUUUGAUAUUGAGCUUGACAGAAACGACCAUGAAGCGGUGAAUCGGCAAUGGGGUUUAGAUGGUCAAAUGAGGCCUAUGAAGGUAUAUCAUUCGAUGACAAAGCUACCACUUUGGAUCAGAUUGAAGGGAGUGAAUCCGUAAGCCUUCCUUUGUGAGAAAAGGAGAAACAACGUAUAAUCAGCCUACUGAGUUACGUGUCGGCUGAAAUCUGGAGAUCAUCGGACAAGGAAGGCCGGUAAUGUGAGUGUUACAAGUACUGUCAGCCAUGAGUACUUGCAACACAUUUGGCAAACACGAUGGAUCUCAUCAGGAUACUUCUUCAUGAAUGGCAGCAUCAACUCAGGUCGAAUUAGUUAGCGAGCUAACUUUAGCCGGCAAUGUAUUUUUGCAAAAGGAAGCUGAUAAGUCUGCAAAACAAUAGCUAAACAUAUUUCUUCACUUAGCGAGGAAUUAUCUCCUUAUCUAGCUUCAAAAAGGACCAAUUUCACUGUCAAUUACGUCUGCAGCGUGCACAUCGUGACAGACACCUUGAGUAAUUUGGUUCUUCUAGUUGUUGCCAAAAGAGACGCGUUAAUCGAGGAAGCACUGCGACUUUGAUAGCAAACUAAUUGCUCCUCUUC